CUGCACCAAAGGGUCUGGGGUGCUUCGCAAGAGAUGCGCCGAACGAUUAUCCGUAAUCGGGUUUGAAGAUGGGAACCUGAACCCGAGUUCGAUUCAGGAGAGCAUAGCGGAAUUCUCUAAUCUCCCUUUUUUUUCACGCCGCAUCCCAGGUGGACGACCAUUUUGUUCUAGGCUGGAGCAGCUCGGCACCGACUCCGAUUGCCCAAUUGCUCUCUCUCCAGAUCAGAACAGUCGUCGGGUGACUCCGACCACACAUUCCCCCAGGGGAGCGAAGCGGCACGCCGCCCGGCCAUCCGCCAUACUCUGUCCCCCUGCGCCCGGCCUUCACGAUGGCAGCUUCCGAUGCAACUGGUAGCGUCCGCCGGAGACGGGUACGGCGGCGUCGCCAUGACAAGGCCGCAGUCUCGGCGCGUUUGGUUCUCGACGACCACAUCAAGACCGACGUUGGCGUCGUGUCCGAGGAUCUGUUCGCAGAGCUGUUCCCCCAUCUCCAAGACUCCCAAGAUGAAGGCGAUCGGUUCUCGAGCCUUCCGACCCCCUUGCACAUUGCCAUCGCCCCAUGGACGGCCUCUCAUUCUCCCGAAUCCACGAACUGGGCGAUAGUCCCCGUCACCCCGUCGACCGCCCUCGCCCCCUCUACCAUACAAUUCUCUCCCUCGUCUUUGGCGCUGCAGUCCUUCGCCCUGAAUCUGAAGCAGGUCGCCCCGUCGCAGUUGAACACCCGGAGCAGGAGCGGGAUCGAGAUUUUGGUGCUGGAUGUCGCUGCCAUCGAGCUAGACACCGUCUUUGUGAACCUCGAGGGAGAGUCGGCCAAGCGACUUGAGAACGGGGAGGGCACCUUCUUCCGGGACCAUCCCACUACCGCGGACCGCGGGAAGGCCCCGGUUCCCUUUACCCCCGAGGCGCGCUUGACGGCCGCCCUGCGAACCGCUCUCCGCUCCCUGAAGGUCGUCCACACCGGAGACCUGUUCCCGCUCCCUCUGCCGCCGCACCCUGUCACUCAUGUCCCUCCAAACCCUGGCAGGAUCGCCCUCUGCGAGCCCGUCGCACAGGGAAUCCUGGGUCCCAACACCAAGAUCAUCGUGUCGCGGGGCCGCAUCCACUCCAAGCACAGCCGUUCGUCGGCCCCGAUGCCGCAGAGCCGGGGUCUGAACGGCACCACAGAGGACGACGAGGACACGGCGAACGACCAGUUUUACUCGGCCGCCGAGGAGGGCAUCCGGACUGACACCGCGACCGAAGAAACAGAUGCCACCGCAACCGAUACGGAAUUCGAAGAGCCAGGACUGGAAGAGGAGGAGGAGGAGGAUGCCCUUUCGGACGAUUCGAUGGACGAAAUGAUAUCUCUCCAGGCGCCCACGCUGUCGUCCACCAUAACAAGCGGGAUAGGCACACCCUCCACCAUAGGGCGCGGGCGGAGGAUGAACGGGAUGAGCGGCGCCGCGUCCGUUUUCUCCAACUUCACCGCAACAACCGCAAGGCCGGACCGGCCGCGUGGCCGCUUGUUCAAAGCCCAAGGGCUCGUGCAGCCCAUUCCGCCCGACCUUCUGCACCCCAAGCCCGCCGCUGUCGACGAUGAAGAGGCACGCAUCUACGUCGACACCAAGGACCUGACCCGCAUCGGCUGCUUCUCGGGGGACUGGGUGCGGGUAGAGGCAUCCCGAGAGCCGCCAAGUACCGGCUUCGGCGCGUUCGGCCUCGGCAGCUUCGUCGAGCAAGACCCCGACGAGGUGAACUGGCGGUCUGCGAGGGUCUAUGGGCUGCCGGAGGGUUACUCCAACCGCCCAAUGGCCCGCGUGGCGAGCUCCAAGCACGACGGCCGGAGAAUGUCCUUUUUCGAGUCCCAGGUCCAGGGAACCUCGAGCCCCACCGUAUACCUCUCGCCCGUCAUGCUCGCGAACCUCGAGAAUCCUCCGUACCUGCGUCUCGCGCCCAUCAAGCGAGCCAUGCAGGCAAAGGGGCCCCAGCCCAAGUCAUCCGUCCCCACUCAACCGCCUCUUGCUCGAGAGGUGAUCUUGCAGCACGUUCGGACGCCGAUCCCCGUGGAGAGGGACGUGCAGACUGCCGUCAUGGCCGGCCUGAAGUAUUAUUUCGAGAGCAGAUUGCGCGUGGUGAAGACGGGAGAUCUUAUCGCGGUGCCCAUUGACACUCAGCUAGGGCGAGCAUUGCAGGAAUCCACCGCGGCAGGCGACGAUCCGGCCGUCGACGACGUGCUGGGCCUGAUCGCUAGUGGAAGGCCGGACCGGGGCAUAAAGUACGACGAAGUCGCCUGGUUCAAAGUUGGCCACGUCCAGCCGGUGAAGCAGGAGUCGGCGGAAGAGAACGAGGAAGAGGAUGACCCCUGGGGCUCGGUCGCCUGCGUCGACAUCUCCGUGGCGCACCUGGAGCAGACCGGCUCCGUGACGAGCCGUGUCCCCGGCACGACCUCAAAUACGUGGCCAUACUACCUCGGGAUCAAGAAGCUCCCAAGACGACACCAUGGUCCUUCGAGCCCGCUGUUGGCGGAGCCAGAACGGCAGUACGUCUCGCCGUUAAGACGCAAGGUCAGGGAGCUCGUGGCUGCGGCGACGAGCAAGCCGGCCAUCCAUCUCAAGAUGCCGCCCGUGGCCAUCCUGCUCGUUUCCACGCAGCGGAGCAUCGGCAAGGCCUUCACGGCAUCGCAGGCCUGCGCCGACAUUGGCCUGCACACCUUCACCAUCGACGCGUACGACAUCGUCAACGACUCGGGCGCGGGCGGGAGCGACGUCAAGACGGCCGGCUUCCUGACCUCGCGCGCGGAGCGCGCCAUGAGUUGCGGGCCGGACUGCUGCGCCCUGCUGAUCCGUCACAUCGAGGCUCUGACCGCCGACCGGAUGGUCUCGUCCAUCAAGGAGAUCUUGGCGGAUGCCCGAGUCCUGAUCGCCACCACAACCGAGGUCGAGAAGGUGCCCGACGGCCUAAGGGCCCUGUUCACGCACGAGUUGGAGAUGAGUGCGCCGGACGAGGCGGAGCGCGAGGGCAUCCUGCGCACCAUCGUGGACGACCGCGGCGUGAGUCUCGAUCCCGAAGUCGACCUUGGCGGCAUCGCGCUCAAGACCGCGGCGCUCGUGGCGGGCGACCUCGUCGAUGUCGUCGACAGGGCCCUGGUGGCCCGGCAGUCUCGCCUGGAGCAGCUCUCGGCAAAGGCGACGAGCGAUGGCCAGCCCGUGACGGUACGAGACGUGCAGGUUGCCGGCGGCCCUGCCGCUUCGGGCCUCACGAAGCAGGACUUUGAGGUCGCCGUCGAGGCGGCCAGGAAGAACUUUGCCGACGCCAUCGGCGCGCCCAAGAUCCCCAAUGUCACCUGGGACGACGUCGGAGGGUUGAACAACGUCAAGGAGGCCGUCGCCGAGACCAUCCAGCUGCCGCUCGAGAGGCCAGAGCUGUUCGCUAAGGGCAUGAAGAAGCGGUCAGGCAUCUUGUUCUACGGCCCCCCCGGUACGGGCAAGACGCUCCUUGCCAAGGCUAUCGCGACCGAGUACAGCCUCAACUUCUUCAGCGUCAAGGGCCCCGAGCUUCUCAAUAUGUACAUUGGCGAGUCCGAGGCCAACGUGAGGCGGGUCUUCCAGCGGGCGCGGGACGCGAGGCCGUGCGUCGUCUUCUUCGACGAGCUGGACUCGGUCGCGCCGAAGCGCGGAAACCAGGGCGACAGCGGCGGCGUCAUGGACCGCAUCGUCUCGCAGCUGUUGGCCGAGCUCGACGGCAUGUCCGGGGGUGGAGAAGACGCGGGCGGCGGUGUCUUCGUCAUCGGCGCGACCAACAGACCGGACCUGCUCGACCCGGCCCUGCUCCGGCCCGGACGCUUCGACAAGAUGCUCUACCUGGGCGUGUCGGACACGCACGAGAAGCAGCUCACCAUCAUGGAGGCCUUGACGAGGAAGUUCACCCUCCAUCCCUCCCUCUCCCUCCGCUCCAUCGCGGAACGCCUGCCAUUCACAUACACGGGCGCCGACUUCUACGCCCUCUGCUCCGACGCCAUGCUCAAGGCCGUCACCCGCCAGGCCAGCCUGGUCGACGCCAAGGUCCGGGCCAUCAACGCGGACCCGCCGGCGCACGGGCUGCGCGCGCCAAUCUCGACGGCCUACUUCUUCGACCACUUCGCCAAGCCCGAGGACCUGGCCGUCAUGGUCACCGAGCAGGACUUCCUCGACGCCCACCGCGAGCUGGUGCCGAGCGUGAGCGCGGGUGAGCUGGCGCACUACGAGCGGGUCAGGGCGACGUUCGAGGGGGCCAACAAGGACAAGGAAAAAGAGAAGGAAAAGGGAAAAGAAAAGGGUAACGGAAAGGAGGUAGGUGGUGCCCCGAACGGCGCCGGCGUGCCGGCCGCGGCGAGGCUGGGGCUGGGGUUGGGGUUGGCCGGGCGGAGGACGGCGUCGGGCGCCUCGGCGAGGAGCGCCGGCGGAAAAGGCAAGGGCAGGGCAGGUGCUGGCGGGAAGGGCAAAGGCAAAGCGGUUGCCUUGGGGAGUGAGGACGAGUUCGAUGAUGACGAUGAAGAGAGAGGGGAGAUAGAAGAGGAUGGGGAGGAGGAGGAAGAAGAAGAAGGGGAGGAGAGUAGUCAGGGCGGUAGUGGUGGAUAUGGGGUGAGGGAUAAGGGGAAGGGGAAGGAAGUGGCUCCUCCGAUCGCCGAGGCAUCUCCAUUUUUUCGGGAUGGGACGGGGAGCGGCGACGAGGGGUUGUAUGAUUAGGACGGGUUGGGUUGAGGGAGUAAUGUAUACAUAACAUAAAGAAAGCAUGCACGGGUUAGUAACCGGCAUGUACAGGGUUGCUGAAGAGUAAAGUAUGACUGCAAGCAUGAGAGAAUGUUGU